AAGGAAUACAUUUCCUGGAUUCUUGAUCUCUCUUUAAGCCUCUGUGCCAGGGUGCCUUGCUAUUAUGCUUUUAAAGGACAGAGAUCGAGGUCCAAAACAAACACUAUUGUUGUUCAAUAUCCUUUAAGGAAAGACAAAGAAAAUCAGCACUUCAGUAAUAUCAGCUUUUGGUCAACAGGAAACAUGCACCCAGAUUAAGCUGUAUUAUGCCAGCUCACCUGCUCUUCUGGAGCAUGAAGUCUUCAACUUUGUUAUUCCAACACAUGGCAUAGAAGAGAGAGCAGAUGAGAAAGGAUGAGAGGUGAAACAAGUGCAGACGAGAGAAGUGGAGGUAGAAGUCAAAACCAGGAGGAGAAUGGGGAAGACAAGAAACCUCACAUCCUGGAGAUGACCUGAUAUCCCAGACCUGUAGGAAAGCCUGUUGGAACCUGUUGCUCGGGAGCCAGCUGACGGAGGAAGGGAUGCCAGCCAUCUUUAAGUCAAAAGUCAAAGGAAAGGCAAACAGGAGCAUCAACACCAUGGUAAUCUGAUACAGAACUUUUCACUUUGAAUUUGCUGAGUGAAACUGAAACUGGGGAAGUACCAUCUGCCUGCCCUAUUGGCUUCUAUAGGUGGGAUGUGCCAGGCUGGGUGAGCCCUCGCAGCCCCAAGUGCCACCCCACAAAGCACCUCAUGACUGCUGAGGAGAGACACUGUGAGAUCACCAGGGUGUGCAAUAGACAUGUCUCUCUCUUAUCUGCAGGGGCUUUGAGGUUUUCACCAAGGAUUUCAUGUGCUGUCUUUUGCUAACUGUGGAGUCCCAAAGAGCCCCACACACUCUGUGUCUCCCUUGGGAAGCAUGACUUCCACUGCAUGCCAAAGACUGCUACGUGCUCUCGUCCUGUUCCUCUGCCUUGUGAAUUGGAAAUAGGAGGAACGACUCCUUCCCUAUGUUGUACCAUCAAUACAAUAAAGCAUUGACCUUGGUCCUCGGUCCUGGCACUGAGUAGUUACCUACCUGCUGUUGGAGCACAGGGUGGAACGGGCUGCAGGCGACGGAGCCGCCUCGACUUACUUGCUGUGUGGGGAUAUCCUCCGGCUGUGAGCAGGAGCAUCUCAGGAGAGCCCGUGGCAGAGCAGCUUGCGAGGAUCUCUGUUUUUUUGCAAAGCAGUUCUGAGGAAACAAUGGCCAACUUCUACUUAUGGGCAACUUUUGGAUUAUGCUUGCUGAAGCUUUGUCUAACAGAGACACAAUUCAAUGUAAGUUGCAGAUAUGGAGGAGUGUUUCAUGUGGAGAAAAAUGGUCGAUACAGUCUCACACGAACUGAAGCAAUUGAGCUCUGUAGAGCUCUCAAUAGUACCUUGGCAACACUGGAGCAAUUUGAAAGAGCUCAUGAACUUGGAUUUGAAACGUGCAGGUAUGGUUUUAUAGUGGGGCAUAUUGUUAUCCCACGAAUCAAUCCAUAUCAUCUUUGUGCAGCGAAUCAUACAGGCAUUUACAAACUUUCAGCAAAUACAACUGGCCGGUAUGAUGCAUACUGUUACAAUGCAACAGAAUCAAGGAGCAAAGCAUGCGAGCCAGUUGAAAGAAUAGAUACUUCUUUCCUCAGCAAUCAGAGUGAAAUAGUUAUUGACAAUGAGGAUGGCUCACGUUUUAAUGCAGAUGGCACACGUCAUAGUGGAGACUCCUCAACCUCAGGUGUGGAUGAUGAAAAUUUAGGUAGUGGAUCAAUGCAUGACACAACUCCAGGGGAUACUUCUGUCAGGAGAUCAACUCCUUCAUAUUAUGGAAGUGUUACUCCUAUCUCACAUUUGCCAGAUCAUUCUUCUGGAGGAGGUGAAAAAGACCUGCAUGUGAAAGAAUACGGUUAUGAAAGUUCCCCUACAUCAACUGUUAUCUUGGCAACAGCUGCUGAUUUCCCCAUAGAAGAUGAUGUACAGCAUCCUGCCAGUACUAAGUCUACAUCCAAUAUAGACAGUGAUCAGGGACCAUACAAGGGAGACAGUGAAUCUACUCCUUUCCCUGGAGAGUCCACAACAACAACUGUAAGAUCACAACCAAGCUCAGCCCAGGUACCAGAAUGGCUGAUCAUCGUUGCUGCUCUCCUGGCACUGGCGUUGAUCCUCGCAGUGUGCAUCGCCGUUAACAGCCGGAGGAGAUGUGGGCAGAAGAAAAAGCUAGUCAUUAAUAAUGGCAAAGGCGCCGUGGAGGACAGGAAGACAAGGGAGUUAAAUGGAGACGCCAGCAAAUCUCAAGAAAUGGUGCACCUGGUUCACAAAGAACAGUCAAAUGACCAGACAGGAGCAUGUGAUGAAUUCCUUACCGUUGAUGAAACACAAAAUCAUGAAGUUGACAUGAAGAGCGGAGUGUAGCAGUACAAAGUCACCAAAUAGAUCAGUGCUGGGGAAAAGUCAAAAUCACACGGACCUUGGGCAGGAAUUCUCAGAUGCACUGUGCUACUGAUGUCUUUUGAACACAAUUAAGCUUAAGUUUUUUCUUCAUUUUUAAUUAUUUUAACAUGAUGUCUGAGUUACAAAAUUGACAUUUGCUUUCUGAAAUGAGCCCCAGGUGUUGCAGUCAGUUCCCAACUCCUGCACAGAGGGCACUUACUGUGUCCUGGGCACGUGGCAUGUCAUUGUUCCCCAGAUGCAGAUGCCUUCGCUGUGCGGAGUUACAGAAGCAUCCAGUUGCUCCAUCUUACAGGCAUUUAAGGUACUAAACUUAUCGUGGUACAACAGUAAGUGAGUAACAGAUGUCAAGAGCCAAAAUAAAAAAGGCUUAAAACAGAAGUGCCUCCUAUGCAAUGCCUAACCCAGCAGAAUUCACCAGCAAUGCCUUCCAGCCAGGAAGAGUGGUAGGUGCACUCAAAGUCUGCCAGUAAAAGCAAAAAGUGACAUUUUGUAAUGAUUGAUGACUUGGUCUGUAACAAGAGAAACCCAGAAGGACAAAGUUUAUUUAUCUCUAUUUUAAAAUGUCUGUGGACAUACAGCAAGUUUUUUUUUGGGAGGGGGAACAAAGGGAGGAAAACAUGAGCUGAUACAUAAUAAACUUCUUUGUUAUCUUAA